AUGUUAGUUGCUUAUUCCAACAAGCACGAGGCAGGGGUUGAUCUUGAGAAAGCGUUGUGUUUUCCCCUUGCACCCGUUUCAAUACCACUAAGCACACCAGAUGGUGCAAUAAGAAAGACCGUCAAAAGCAAAUUGUACGACGCCUCCAUGAGCGACCUAACCGUUGUAAACUUCGACGCACUACCACCCGCUUCGACAAUGAGAACAUACUUGAUAGAUCUUGCCGCUGCAAUACGUAGUUUGGUUGGCACUGGAUCAACAAUAAGAGAAAUGGCAUCUAGAAUAAUAGCCACUGUUCCUUCUCAGUACACCACUAUCUUCAUAGUUUGUGAUACGUACAAGGACAAUAGCAUCAAAGGAGGAGAACGCCAGGCAAGAGGUGUAAGCGAGCG